AUGGAGCGGCGGGUGAAUGAAGCAGUUUUCAGGGGAGAUGUUGAAGCCAUUCAAAAACUCAUUGAAGAAGAUUCCAACAUAGUAAGACAAACCAUUGAGGGUUCAUUACAACACACCAUAUUGCACCUUGCAGCUAGACUUGGCCAUGUUGAAUUGGUUAGAGAGAUUGUCAAGUUGUUCCCGGAGAUGGUGUCGGCGGAGAAUCGGGAUCAGGAGACGCCCUUACAUGAAGCAUGUAGAGAAGGGAGAGUAGAAAUUGUGAGAAUUCUGGUUGAGAAUGAUCCAUCGAUUGCUUACAAGACAAAUUUGUGGGAUAAGAGUGUGCUUUAUGUAGCAUGUGAGAGAGGGAGGAUUGAAGUGGUUAAACAUUUCUUACAUAAUAAUAAUAUCCACAUGUUGUUGAUGCUUGAAGUUGAUAUGUCCACUACUUCACUACAUGUUGCAGCUUCAUCAGGCCAUACAGAAGUAGUGAAGGAAUUGGUUAAAGUUCGACCUGAUUUUGCUUGGAAAAAGGAUGAGCUGAUGAAUGGUUGCAGUCCAUUACAUAUAGCAUGCAGCAAAGGGCACUUAGAUAUAACAAGAGAAUUGCUAAAGCUAGAUAUGGAUCUUUCUGGUUUACAAGAUAAUGAAGGCAGAACUCCACUUCAUUGGGCAGUCAUUAAAGGAAGAGUGAAUAUUAUUGCUGAGAUACUCUCAGUGAGUCUUGAAUCUGCUGAAAUGAUAACAAAACAUGGAGAGACAAUUCUUCAUUUGGCUGUAAAGAACAAUCACUUUGAAGUCCUCAGGUUCUUGAUGGAGAGUCUUGAUGUUUCAAAUCUCAUGAAUUUUCAAGAUACUGAUGGAAAUACAAUUCUACAUUUGGCUACUGUUAGGAAACUCACCAUUAUGAUUAUUUAUAUACUUAAGCUUGGUGUUGAAGUAAAUGCUUUGAAUCAAAAAGGACAUACAGCAUUAAAUGUAGUUGAAGCAGAUGCAAGUAACUCUGGUGUUCUUGCAAUCAUCCCUGCAUUACUAGAAGCCGGUGCCAAAAGAUGUGACCAAUUACCACCAAAUUUUCAAGACAUCCAACAGGUAGAUGCAUCACCAAUUUUGGGAUCAUCAUGGCAAAGAAAAACUACUGGUUUUCACUCUCCGUCCUCAUCAUCUCAACAUUCUUAUUAUAAUAAUCAUCAUCAUCAAAGGAAGCAUAAUUAUCGCGGUACUAGGACAAAAAAAAUCAAGCUCCAAAGUGAAGGUCUAAGAAAUGCUAGAAAAACAAUAACAAUUGUUGCAGUACUAAUAGCAACUGUGACAUUUGCUGCUGGUGUUAAUCCUCCUGGUGGAUUUAAUCAAGGAAAUGGAAAAGCAUUAUUGGGUGAGAGACCCGCGUUUAAGGUGUUUUUGGUAUGUAACAUUGUGGCACUUUUCCUUUCCCUUGGAAUUGUUAAUGUCCUUGUUAGUGUUAUCCCAUUCAAGAGAAGAACAAUGAUGAAAUUAAUGGUGGCAACACACAAAGUAAUGUGGAUUUCAACAUUAUUUAUGGCAUCGGCUUAUAUAGCUGCAGUAUGGUCAAUAUUGCCACAAGGAAAGGGGGAUCAUUGGGUGUUAAUUGAAGUUGUGAUCAUAGGAGGAGGGUGCACUAUGGCUGUGUUUCUAAGUUUGGGGAUUUUGUUAGUGAGACAAUGUAAAAGGAAGAGUGAUUGGAGAAAAAAAAGAGAGGAUCAUAAGAGGAUGAAAGAGGGAAGUCCUAAAAGUAAUACAAGUACAGUUCAAGAAAUGAAAGUGGUGAAGAAAGAAAGUCAUGAAGGUAGUACCAACUCAGACGUUGAUAGCUCAGAUCAUGGUUACCAUUUGUUUUAAUUACCUGCAUUCAUAGAUCUAUUCUUGUAAGUCUUUAAAGUAGAAAAUAAUAUAUUAGUUUCGGAAACAGCCUCUCUAUCUCCACGAGGUAGUGGUAAGGUCUGCUUACAUUCUACCACCUUAUUUAGUGAGAUUUCACUGGGUAUGUUGUUGAUAUACUUUAAGUUUCUAAUAUGACAGAUGCUAUUAGUUGGGCUUUA